UAUUUGACAAUGAAACGAGAGACGUCGCACGACACGGAUGGAGAACGUCCGAAGAAACGAGCGCAUGUCAAAGACACGUCAGACACCAUGUUGCCACCGCAUGUUGACUAUCAGAUCCUCUCAACGCAGUACCCGGACCUCAAACAGUACCUAAGAGCGAACACCAACACAGGCAGGCUCAACGUGCUCGACUUUGGCAGCCCAGACGCCGUGCGGACACUGAACAAGGCGAUGCUAAAAGUGCAUUUUGACCUGGACAUCCAGCUACCGGAAAACAGCCUAUGCCCGUCGGUUCCCAACCGGUACGGCUACGUGAAAUGGCUUGCAGACACGUUUACCGACGAGUUUGGCGAUACGGAGGUAGUUGGCCUCGACAUUGGCACUGGUGCGUCCUGCAUUUACCCAUUGCUGGGCGCCCGCGCCAUUAAAAACAGCAAGUUCAUCGGGAGCGACAUCAACCAGGAGUCGAUAGAGGUCGCCAACGACAACAUUAAGCGUAACUGCCUGCUGUCCCGGAUCCAAACAUACCUGAACACAACCCGCACGCGCAAGAUCCCGCUGGAUGCAGCAGGUUUUCCGUACAAGACGCUCUCCUUCUGCAUGUGCAAUCCGCCGUUCUACGCCGACGAGAAAGAGCGUGCGAGGCUUGAGAACAUGAAAGGCGAGGCGCCGAUACUGUCUACCAGUGGCAAGGAUGACGAGUUCUACACUGACGGCGGCGAACUCGCAUUCGUCAUAGGUUUGGUCGACGAAAGCCUUGUUUUCAGAAAUAGAGUCCGCUGGUACACGACCAUGGUCGGUAGAAAGUCAACGCUGGUGGAGCUCCGCAAAAGACUACGGUCGGAGAAGGACGUUAUUCGGAUCAAGGAGCACAAGAUCACACUGGGGAAGACCACACGGCAGUUCAUUGCAUGGUCGUUUGACCGGUCGCCGCUCCGGCAGCUCACGAUACCGAGAAAUUUGCAGAGCGCAAUGCAAUGGACUCUGGAUACUGCAAAAGACCUGGGGAUUAGUGUGCAGCUGGUAGGGGAUUUGCGAGUGGAGCUUUCGGCGACCCGCGUUACGUGGUCGCGAAAGGCACGACGUCAGGCAAAGCUCCAAGCAAGCAGCUCGGAGGAUGUGCCAAGGGAUCCGAUCCUCGAGGCCACAGCAACAAUGAACGAGGUGGAUGGCAGCUGGACACGUAUCGACCUGCUUGCCAGCACCAGCUACGACCUGGCGUGCUUUGAAACGCUCUACACACACCUGCUUCGGCGGAUAUCUGAGCUAUCACAAUGAAUAAAGGAAUGGAAGAAAGGAAGUCUAAUUUCUGCCAAAAAUUCUGGUCAGAACCGACAGGUACGUCAUGCUGAUAGUGGAGGGGUCGUUCUGGUAAAUGCUCAUCAGGACGCCUGUGGCAGCCGAGAACAGGGCGACCUCGCCAUGCCGCACAUUCUUCCACCAGCGGCGCUUGACGCCGACAUCCCAGCCGGACUCGAGGGCGCGCAGGAAACAGUACAUGGCCAGCUCGAUGCGGCGCGACGGAGCCUCGAGCAGCACCGCCAGGCCGCCGACCGACCCGGUGAUGAUGUACGACCAGUAGCUCUCGCGGCCGAGAACCGCGCGCAUGCCGCACGAGAAAUUGAUGAUGCCAACGAUGAGCACAGCCAA